GCGGUGACACCCCCUUCUCCUCCCAGGUUCCCCCUACUAUGACAACGUGCGUCCCCUCUGCUACAGCGACUCGGAUGCCGUCCUGCUCUGCUUCGACAUCAGCCGCCCCGAAACCCUGGACAGUGCAUCCAAGAAGUGGAAGACGGAGAUCCUGGAUUACUGCCCCACCACGCGGGUGCUGCUCAUCGGCUGCAAGACAGACCUGCGGACGGACCUGAGCACGCUGAUGGAGCUCUCCCAUCAGAAGCAGGCACCCAUCUCCUACGAGCAGGGCUGUGCCAUGGCCAGGCAGCUGGGAGCCGAGAGCUACCUGGAGUGCUCGGCCUUCACCUCGGAGAAGAGCGUCCACAGCAUCUUCCGGACCGUGUCCGGCAUCUGCCUCAGCAGAGCCCCCCCGCAGCCCCCCAAAAGCCCCGCACGAAGCCUCUCCAAGAGACUCCUGCACCUGCCCAGCCGCUCUGAGCUCAUUUCCUCCGCCUUCAAGAAGGAGAAGGCAAAAAGCUGCUCCGUCAUGUGAGGUGGGGGGGAUAGGAAUGCCUUCCCCCCACCACCACGCCCCCAGUUCCUGGGACAGGCUGGGGGCCAGAUGGGGCUACGGUGCCCCCCCCAAGGAGGACGGGGUGCUCGUUGCCCUCCCAUCACACCGCUUCCCCCACCAGUGCGUGCUGGGGCCCGGGGCUGGGGGGCAGCCCCCCCAGAGCUGCCGUGUGUGUGAGUGUCGGGGGGGACACCUGGGGAGGGACCUUGCUCAGUGGCUGCUCCCGAGCCCCCGGCCCAGCGGGAUUCAUCCACGGACUCAUCCUUUUUCUUUGAAUGCCCAGUUGGUGUCCGGCUCUGCCCCAUCCCUCAUCUGCUGCUUGGCCCCGGGAUGCCUCGGGGUGCACCCCCCCGCCCCAAGCCCCGGUGGGGAGCGGGGCUCUGGGGAGGGGGUGGCUGUUUUAUAGACUGUCUCUUGGGUGACUCUGUUCAAUGUUCAGUGUUAUUAAAAAGCUUAUUUAUUAUCGGAAAAUAUAACAACUACCCACGUGCA